CGGACACAUAAGUCUCUCGUAUCUAUAACGCAGAGGAGAGUAAAGAAUUGAAUAUACUUAUAAAAGUGGUGAAUCAAGAUCAUUGUGCAAAGUGAAAAGAAAAGGAUUGAAAGUUUUCUUUAGAGACAGAAGAAUUUUGAAUGGAUUGUUGCACAUCAAGUAAAUCCGGUGCUAUUAAUCGUCGUUUGCAUGUGGGUCACGAGCUGCAGCUAACUAACAAGAUAGAGGGUUUACCGAGCUAAGAUAGAAAAUGUGGAGCUCGGUUACAGCGGCCGGUGUGGAAAAUGGACCUGCACCACCGUCCCGAAGUAAACAUAGUGCAACCCUCCUUGGGGGUCACGUUUAUCUUCUAGGAGGUCGAAAUGGUAAUCUUCCACUUAAAGAUCUCUGGCGUUACAGUCUUGCUGAGAGUAGAUGGGAAGAAUUACAUCCGGGGGGUGAAAGACCGCCUGCACUUCAAGAACACAGUGCUGUUGCUUACAGAGAUUGUCUUUAUGUUUUUGGAGGAGAACUUGGAUUUUCCGCUGGGACUGAAACUCCACUCUGGUGCUACACUGUUAAGACUAAUUCAUGGAGAAAGAUUAGAGCACAAAAGGGAUGUGCAGUUCCUAGAGGACGAAGAGGUCACUCGGCUUUGGUACAUCGAGGUCAAAUGUUAAUUUAUGGAGGUUACCAGGAUUUACGAGGAAGCUCUCCCGAACUUUGGGCUUUUCAUUUUGAAACGGAAUCCUGGCACCUACUGUCAUCCAGUGAAUGUGGACCAGCGGCUCGUCAUAAACACUCAUCAGUUUUACAUGAUGACGCCAUGUACAUUUAUGGUGGAAUGACAGAUCUUCAAGAAAGAAGUGACUGUUGGCGAUGGGAUGUCCACACAGCUUCCUGGUGUAUGUUGAAAAAUAAACCAGGUCCAGGACCACUUCAUGGUCAUGCCGCUUGUCGAUUACCAAGUUGUAUGUUAAUUUUUGGUGGAGAAAGUGGUGGUCUUGCUACAAAUGAACUCUGGAGGUUUCAUUUUGGAACGGAAACGUGGGAGAAGCUUGCAGUUCCGGGACCAAAGCCUCAGCCAAGAGCGGAAAGCGUUGCUCUCGCUGUUUCCGAACUCGUUAUUCGUGGCAAUGGUUUGGACAAUUCUAGACCUAGACCAAGAAGUCAAAGACCCAGACCUCCUUGUAGUAGAAUCUCACCCAAUGAGGCGCCAACGAGACCCAGUUUUCUUAGAGAAAUUUCAAAACUAUCUCAAAUUAAUUUAUCCCGGCUUAGUCAUCCCAACAAAUGCAGCUAUUCUGUAUUAAGUGGACAUGAUGACAUUGAAGAAAGCCCAAAUGAUGCAAUUUCGUAUUUUCCAUUCCAGCAAGUGGAUGUGGAGAUAGUGGAGCCAUCAACGGGAAUGGUUAAAUCUCGAAGUGCCAAUACUUUAGCCAGAAGACGUCAAAAGAUUUCAGAAAUGCCAAAAAAUACCGAUCAAUCCUAUUCUGGAAUGACGAGGGAUCCAAUUUCAGUUCCAAAUUUUAGAGCAUUGACUCUACCAACUCCAGUUUUAACUCCAGUUGAAGCUUCCAGACUAGUUUUUGUCGAUCCUGAAGACAGUGACGAGGAUCGAAAAGAACCGCCAACUUCCCGACUUAUUGAAGUUCCGGAAGAAGAAAAAGACUUUGCAACUAUCCACCAGGCCUGUCAACCGACACGGGGCGAAAGUUAUAGUUCGCAUCUUUACGAGGCUGUCCAAACACCAAAAACUCCAACGACUACAAAAAUCCCAACAUCAGCUUCCGUCCGAUUUGCCGAUCUCGAAGAAGGUGAAGAAUCAACGUCCGAUUAUGCGAGUAUAGAAGCCAGAAGUCCUGGCGAUCCUUUAGGUGAUGACGACUGGCCGAAGAAGACGAAACACAAGACAUCGAUAUUACGAGAAGGUCAAUUUGGAUUUUGUAAUCCAAAUUAUCUUGGACUUGAAACAAGUAAUAAUGAUGGGAAAUUUGCAAAAAUGUUAAAUAGUCCACCCGACAGUGUUCUGGAAGAUGAGCCAGGAAGAUCGGCUUCUCAAACAUUUACUGAAUUGCUCGAAUUACAGGAAAUUAGGCCUAGAGCACCACCAAAAAGUUUACCUCUUGGCUCACCUUCUAGAAGAGCUGUCAGUGCAUCACGAGCGGAGAGACAAAGGGCCAAAUUGGCAGCCAAUGAGACAAAUCCUCCAGGUCCUGCUCCACUUUAUGUUUUCUUAGUCGGUGGUAAGGAGAAAGGUCAGGUCACAGUUUUCGCGAGACCUGUAUCUCUUUGGAAAUUGCAAUUAGCACCUCAUAUUUUUUAGAGACCUCAAAGAUGAAGUUAGAUGGUCAUUUGAUGAUUUCAGAGUAAAUCAUCAUUGAUGCUGAAUAUUGUGAUGUGAGGAUUUACUGAUUUGAGCCAAAGUUAGAUAGCAAAUACAGUUUCAAUUUUCGACUUCUCUUUCGUAACUUAGCAAAAAUUUUGGAUUAAAAUCAUAUGUCGGUGAAAUUUUGUUUUUAUCUUGAUCAAUGCAAAUUAAAAUAAAUUUGCUUUUUUAUAGAAAAAAUAUUGUGUUGGUGAAAAUUUCCCAAUUGCCACAUACUUUAUCUGUCAUCUUUAAGGAAAGAAUACGUACACCCAAAAAUGAAAAUUGGAAAUGGUUUUUUAGACUUUUUGUGAUACUUAAAUAUGACAUGUUUAUUGGAGUUUAAGGUUACAUUGACGGUGCAAAUAUAGAAUGCAAAACAGAAAAUCAUGAGUGCAGGUGAGAUAGAUGGAUAUCACUAUCCUUCUGACUUUCAUGAUUUUCUGCCAUAAAGAAUAGACUACAAGAGACCAAUCUCUCAUGCAUGUACUUCACUAAAGUAGUGCCAACAUUUGUCGGAGGUUCAUAACAGGUACUCAUGCACCCCCAUAGGUGGGGAAAGAUUCGCAUAGAUACCACCAACGCACGCAUGUCAAGAAAUAUCUGUCAGUGUUUUCAAUAACAUAACCUGAAUUUAGGUAAAUUUUUAUCUUGGGGAAUUAUUUUUAAAUUAGAUUGAAAAUAAAUAAUUUAUCCAUUAAAAAUGAAGUUAAAGUAUAAUUAAAGUUACAAUAUUGGAACAUUCAUCGAAGAAGACAUAUUAAAUACUUUAAUCUCUAACAAUGUAGGUAAAUUUAACAAGACAACUUUAAGGUUAUAUCAAGAAUCAAAAUUCGAACAUGCGAUUUAUUUCUAAACAAUAGGUCAUGGAAUAGUAUAAGGAGACCGAACGACGUACAUUGAAAGUGGACCAAAUUUUGGUAACCGCUUAGUGUCAUGAAAAUACGUAAUGGAACAC